AUGUCAACGUUAGAAUCAGCAAUCACAGGAGCCAUUGCCUCUGCUAUGGCAAAUGCUCUAGUCUAUCCAAUUGAUUUAGCUAAAACGAGGAUUCAAAGUGAAGUAAACAAUGCCACGCAAAGAGGAGGACAAAAACAGGACUCUCAAAAAAGAAGUAUAACUGAAAGGAAAAAAUCGAGGGAUGUAAUUAGGUACAUUUUAGAAAUCUUGAAGAGGAAAGGUAUCCAAGGUCUUUACCAGGGUGCACCAACGUCUAUUUUUUCCAGUUUUGUUCAAAAUUUCUUUUAUUUCCUUUGGUAUACAUUUUUAAGACGUAAAUAUUUUAACUUGAAGACUGGUAAUACUACUACUAUACGAAAGAUAAGAUUAUCAACUUUAGAAGAAUUAAUUACAGGAGUCUGUGCAGCUACUAUGACACAAUUGAUAACAAAUCCUAUUGAAGUUGUCCUAACUAGACAACAAACAAUGGAAAACGAGGGGAAUGUGACUAUCAUGUCUGUAAUAAAAGCAGUCUAUGAGGAUAAUAAUAGAAAGAUGUCAAGUUUUUGGAAGGGUUUCAAAGUAUCCUUAAUUCUAACAAUAAAUCCGUCGAUCACUUUUACAUCCUUCCAAAAAUUAAAGGAACUCCUAUUUGUAAUGAAGGGACAAACUAUAGAAUUGACUGCAGGAUAUAACUUUGCUCUCGGUGCUAUGGCAAAGAUUAUAUCUACUUUAUGUACUCAGCCAUUAAUUGUAGCCAAAGUUUCGUUACAAAGAGCAAAUUCAAAUUUUACACAUUUCCAAGAAGUAUUAGAAUAUAUCAUUAAGAAUGAAGGAAUAUCUUCCUUAUGGAAGGGCCUAAUCCCGCAAAUAAUGAAAGGUAUAUUAGUCCAAGGGUUCCUGUUUGCGUUUAAGGGAGAAUUGAUUAAACUUUGGAAAAAAACAUUCUUAUUAAGAAAGCUAUUGCUGGAAGAAAAAAGUUGGAGAUAUUUGAGUACUCAUUGA